GAAAAAGUCAUGAAGUUGUUUGUUUCAUUUCUAAUCUUCCUCGCUCUCUUCAGUGAGCGCCUCUUCAUUUCUGCGGAAAAUCGGAUUGCCGGUGGAGAGGAAGCUCAAGCAGGACAAUUCCCAUGGAUUGGUGCCAUUGAAUAUGUUGAAUUUUCACAAGUUUGUGCUGGAUCUGUAUUAUCGGAUCAUUGGUUCCUCACGGCGGCGCAUUGUGUGAUCAAUUUAACACCCGAUUCCAUCUACGUGCGCGUUGGAAGUCGUUUCCGGGAGACUGGAGGACAAACUCAUCGUAUAAUAAACUCAACAAUUCAUCCGGAUUUUGCUCGUGGAGCUGCAUAUGACUACGAUGUAGCUGUGUGUGAAGUUGAGGGUAUAAUGGCAGGUCCCGGGAUAAGACCCAUCCCCCUAACGCGUGCUGAACCAAAUGUGGGGCAGCGAGUCUUUGUUAGUGGUUGGGGUGCUACAGAACAACAAGGAUACCCCGCGGAAGUUCUUCGUUUUGUAAAUAUACCCGUAAUUAGUCGGGAAUCGUGCAAUUCAUCGUACAACGGAUUAAUUACAGAUCGGAUGAUUUGUGCCAGUGAAAGUGGACGAGAUAUUUGCUCCUUGGACAAUGGAGGACCUCUAAUUGACACGAGGAAUUUUCUAGUUGGAAUCGUAAGCUGGGGAAUGGGAUGCGGUAUCCCACUCUAUCCUGGUGUCUACACCAACAUUGCACAUCCCGAAAUAAGGAAUUUUAUUGAAGAAAUCACUGGACUUUAAUUAGUUAGUGUUCCUUUAUUUCUUGCAAAUUUCCCCACAAAUAAUUUUGGAAAUUCCAAAAAAAACAACAAAUAAAUUAAUCAUUAAAGAUUAGACAAAAAUGUGAAACGUUAUACAGUGGUGAUUAACUCAAUUAAAUAUCUUCCAUUUCUUCAUCAGAAUGUUGAAGAUUUCCAGUAAAUUGUAAAACACAGCAAAAUUUAUAAGGAGCGCAAAAAAAUUAUUUUAACUUAAAAAAUUAUCAAAUAAAAAUACAAACAAUUUGUUGGGAAUUUUUCUGUACAUUCAAUAAAAGAAGUAACUUCAUGCAAGAGCUCUCA